AUGGGCAAACCAAUAUCGGUACUGCAAACGAUUCAGACAACCUGCAAGUGUACUACAGUGAAUUUAAGGUUAUUCCUAAACACACAACACCAGUCUGAUCCACUUAGAAUUUCAUUUAAAAAGCAAGAACAGAUUGAGUUUCCGAUGAGACCCUCUCAGUUCUUCCUUCCCGAUGAUGAAGAUGGCGUGACUCUAGACGACAUACUGAUUUUCCUGGGCGAGUUCGGGACCUAUCAGAGGUACCUUUUCGGAUCGCUGACGAUAUUCUGCAUGUUUCUCUCGUUCGUCUACUUCACGCAAGCGUUCCUCACCGUUCUGCCGAAAGAAUACUGGUGUCGGUUGCCGUUGGUGGACGGUGUAUCGGAGGAACGGCUGCGGGACAUCAUGAUACCAAGCUCGAAAUUGGUACCGAACGAGGGCCACCAUCUGCCCUACUCGAGGUGCUGGAUCUACGAUCUGCCCGUCGAGGAGGUGCUCGCCGUGGACGAACCGAACGAGAGUUGGCCGUUGAAGAGAUGCACCGAGUGGAAUUUCAAAAUCAGCCGUGACGACGUGCCUUACAUGUCCGUUGCCGCGGAACAAAAUUGGGUCUGCGACGAAGCGUACAAGACGCACCUCGCCCAGAGCAUCUUCUUCGUCGGCUCAAUCGUCGGCGGUUUCCUGUUCGGCUGGGUGGCCGACAAAUACGGCCGUAUACCGGUUCUCGUCGCGACGAACAUGAUCGGUUUCGUCGGCGGUCUGAGCACCGUCUACAUCAAUUAUUUCUGGCAGUUCUGCGCCUGCCGAUUCGUCGUCGGUCUCGCCUACGAUAACACAUUCGUGAUGGCUUACAUACUCGUGCUGGAGUACGUGGGACCAAAAUGGCGUACGUUCACCGCAAACAUAUCCUACGGGAUAUUCUUCACCCUCGGCACGAUGUCACUGCCGUGGCUGUCGUAUAAUAUCGCCAACUGGAGGACGUUCGCCGUGGUCACCUGUCUGCCGUUGGUCAUUGCACUUGCGGCGCCACAUUUUAUCCCGGAAAGUGUCAGGUGGUUGAUCAGCCAGGGACAGGUCGAGAAGGGGAUCCGUAUCAUCGCGAAGAUCGAAAAGGUGAAUCGAAUGACGAUACCAAGUGACAUCUAUCAGAUGUUCGUCGACGACUGCGCGAGAACAGCCGACAUACUCGCAGCGGAGGACCAUUCGAUUCUGGAUCUUCUUCGAACAAAACGUCUCAGAAGAAUAACAAUAUUGCUGACGCUAUCCUGGGGUAUCAUCCAGAUGUCCUACGACGGUCAUAUCAGGUGUCUCGACGAUCUCGGCAUGAAUAUCUUCACCACGUUCACGAUCGCCUCAGCCACCGAGUUCCCGGCUGUUCUGUUGGUCACCUAUAUAUUGGACGUACUAGGACGUAGAUGGACGUUGUUCAGCGCGGUGAUCCUCUCCGGACUUACGACGUUCGUGAUCUGCGGACGAUUCUUCAUCAACAUCGCCUCAAACAUUGCGAUGCAGUACGCAGCGGAAUUGUUGCCGACGGUGGUCCGAGGGAAGGGUGUGGCGGUGAUACACGUGAUGGGAUACGUCACGUCCAUAAUCAGCCCGUUCAUCGCGUUCUCCAACAGGAUCCUGCACAAUCUGCCUAUGAUCAUACUCGGGAUCUCGUGCAUAUGCGCCGGGAUACUCUGUCUGUUCUUGCCGGAGACGCUGAUGGAACAAUUGCCGCAGAAUUUGACGGACGGCGAAUUGUUCGGGAUCAACCAAUCGUUCUGGGACACUCCGUUCACACGAAAGAAACCGCCAGAACCGAGAGGCCACCAUAUGCACGCAAGACGUCCAGCUUCCAGGCCGGCGUUGUUGCGUAGCAGCAUGAUUUCCGGUUCGUUGGGCGACAGCAGGAGAAUCUCCGUUAUCCAGAGUAAAAUGAGCCUCGCCAGGAUCGGGCAGUCGUGGAGCCAACCCGCGGAAUCGGCCAAAACCAGUCAGGGAACAUCUCAAGCGAGCGGAACAAGUCUCGUAACAGAGUGA